AUGACCACCGCAACCACGACUGAAACUGCCUCUGAGCAAGCCUCUCACCCUGCCACGAUAUAUUGUGCCGGUUUGCAAUGUGGUAAGGAGACCUCCUCCCAGAUGAAAUGUCCUAUUUGUUUGAAACAAGGUAUUGUUUCCGUUUUUUGUGACACGGAGUGUUAUGAAAACAACUAUAAGGCUCACAAGGCCUUGCACAAUGGUAAGGACGAUUCGAAGAGCGCUUACGAUCCUUUCCCCAAAUUCAAGUAUUCUGGUAAAUUAAAGGCCUCCUAUCCUUUGACUCCAAAGAGAUAUGUCCCUGAAGAUAUCCCUAAACCGGAUUGGGCUGCCAAUGGAUUACCGCUCAUUGAACAAAGGAAUGACAGAUUGAAUAAUAUCCCUGUUUAUAAAAAGGAGCAACUAAAAAAAAUCAGAAAAGCAUGUAUUCUCGGUAGAGAGGUCCUUGACGCCGCAGCUGCUGAAGUCAGACCAGGUAUCACCACUGAUGAAUUAGACGAAAUUGUCCACAACGAAACCAUCAAGAGAGGUGCUUACCCAUCUCCAUUGAACUACUACAAUUUCCCUAAAUCUCUUUGUACCUCUGUUAAUGAAGUUAUCUGCCACGGUGUGCCCGACAAAACUGUAUUGAAAGAAGGUGACAUUGUUAACUUGGACGUUUCUCUAUACUAUCAAGGUUAUCAUGCCGACUUGAACGAAACCUAUUAUGUUGGCGAUAACAUUUCUAAAGAAGCUUUAAAUACCACUGAAACAUCAAGAGAAUGUUUGAAAUUAGCCAUCAAAAUGUGUAAGCCAGGCACCACUUUCCAAGAAUUGGGUGACUACAUUGAGAAACAUGCCACUGAAAACAAAUGUUCUGUAGUGAGAACUUACUGUGGGCAUGGUGUUGGUGAGUUUUUCCAUUGUUCCCCAAAUAUUCCACAUUACGCUAAGAACAGAACACCCGGUGUUAUGAAACCUGGUAUGGUUUUCACGAUCGAACCAAUGAUUAACGAAGGUACCUGGAAGGACAUGACCUGGCCUGAUGACUGGACUUCUACCACUCAAGAUGGUAAAUUGAGUGCACAAUUCGAACAUACUCUGUUAGUCACCGAACAUGGUGUUGAAAUCCUAACUGCCAGAAACAAGAAAUCUCCAGGUGGUCCAAGACAAAGAAUUAAAUAG